GCGGGCAGGGCUGCGGAGGAUCUCCGGGAAUCCUGACAACAAUUACGGUGUAAAUAAAACAAAACUCAUCGUGCCAGGGGACCAGGAAAAGCGGCCAGAUAGCACUUCCCUUCUCGGCACGAAGAUGUCUGAGGAGGCGGUGCGCCAGACACGCAGCCAGAAGAGGGCGCUGGAGCGCGAUGUCCCAGCCCUCGAUGGAGAUACUAAACGAGUAAAGCUGGAAAAUUCUGGCAAAGUAGCCAGUAUCCUUAAUACUGAAGAGAUGAAGGCCACCAUCAAAGUAGAGGUUCAGGCCAGCGAUGAGCCGGUGGACAUGAGCACAUCUCGCAGUGACAUAAAAAAGGAAAGACCGUCAACACCGGAAGAUGUGAUAGUUUUAUCAGACAACGAGCCCGGCAGUCCUUGUAUGAAUGGGAUCAGCCACAGCUUCAAGAAAACAGGCACUGAAAUGCUCAUGAAGAGCAGCCCUGAGGAGCGCCAGAGGAUUAUCAAGCAGCUGAAGGAGGAGCUGCGUCUGCAAGAGGCCAAGCUGGUGCUGUUAAAGAAACUUCGUCAGAGCCAGAUCCAAAAGGAGACUGCCAUACAGAAGUCCCACAAUUCCACAUCAAAUCCUCCACCUCUUGUAAGAGGCAGCAUUUCAUCUAACAAAGCACCCCUACAGGUAUCGUCUAAUCGAAGCACAGGCACUGUCAUUCCUCCUCCUCUGGUCCGUGGUGGUGCUCAGGUUUCCAAACAUAACUCCGUAGUGAUGCCACCUUUAGUCAGAGGCUCACAGCCCAUUGCCGUGACUCCUCAGCAGAUAGCUUCAUUGCGACAGCAACAGCAGCAGCACUCUAGCUCUGGUCCGCCUCCCCUGCUGUUGGGUCCUCGCACCUCUGUGCCCAAUGUUCAGGUGCAAGGUCAGAGGAUCAUCCAGCAGGGCCUAAUCCGGGUAGCCAACGUAGCCAACACCAACGUCCUGGUCAACAUCCCGCAGGGUUCACCCACUGGGUUGAAGGCGAAUUAUCAGUCAGGCAACGAAUCUCCUGCUAGCCGACAGGUUGCUGCCAAGCUUGCCCUUAGGAAGCAGCUGGAGAAAACACUGCUGGAGAUCCCUCCUCCAAAACCACCUGCACCUGAACUCAACUUUCUCCCGUCGGCUGCCAACAACGAGUUCAUCUACCUGGUGGGAUUGGAGAUGGUGGUGCAGAAUCUGCUGGAUCUGGCCAAAAGCAAACAACAGGCUCAGCAGGGCAGCCCUGCACCAGCUCCAGCCACGAACGAGCCGUUCACAUGCGCCCAGUGCCACACAGACUUCACCUCACGCUGGAGGCAGGACAAGAGCAACAGUUCAAUCCUGUGUGAGCAAUGUAUGAGCUCCAAUCAGAAGAAGGUCUUGAAGGCUGAACACACCAACCGACUAAAGGCAGCCUUCGUCAAGGCUUUGCAGCAAGAGAAGGAGAUCGAGCAGCGCAUCCUUCAGCAGUCUGCCUCACCCUCCACCAAAAACUCUGCUGGCUCUUCAUCCUCAUUGAGCCUGAAGUCAGAGCAGCACGUGCUGGUUUCACCACAGUACAAAACAGCCCGAUCUUCUUUGUCUCAGCAACAACAGGGCAACAGAACUGCAGCAAUUAGCCGCUACCACAGCACCAUUAAGCAGCAGAGUUCAGGCCAGGUGGUGCGUAAUGUGCCUCAGUCGGUGGUCAACUCACGUAGUGUGAACCGAAACUUCUCUACAUCCAGUCAGCUGCAGAAUGCAGUCGCGGCUGCCGCACUGGUCAGCAGGCCAGGUAAGCUUGCUGGGAGGUCUGGUCCUAAUGCCAGCAGCAACACCAGCGGUAGCAGCAGCAGUAAAGCCAGCCCCAGUGCCUGGAGGAAGCUGAACAGCACUCCUACAGGUGUCACUAUGGCCUACGUCAAUCCGAGCCUGUCUGUACUGAAGACCUCCUCUCCAGCGGAUCGUCAGAGGGAGUACCUCCUGGACAUGAUCCCUUCUCGUUCCAUCUCCCAGACAACCAAUACUUGGAAAUAAUGCCUUUGCCCACCACUGCUGACCUUUUACAGACGAAACAAUCUCUUAUUAUUGAAAUCCUAAAAUCAGACAGCAGUUAUCGAGCAGAUAACCAGCUUUUGAGCAAUAAAGAAAUUUCCUCUCUGCUUACUGAAGGCCAUAAACGAAUGGAGUUUAGUCCGAAAUAUUCCUGAAUGGGACAGACCUGAGAGACUAGGGGGGAAGAUUUAGUCUUAAAGAGUUGAGGACCUUUGGAAAAGUGCUGGUGUGUUAUUAAAGCUGUUAGUUUGGCCCUGCCAUGUCUAUGCUGGUAACGGUGCCCUGUUACCAUAAGUUCUGCUAGUGGUUGUGGUUCGCUUCGACACUGGUAAUGAUACAGUGAAAAUGAUGAACACACUAGAUUUUGCUCCUUCUUGAUUAAGUAAAGAUGUCUAGCAACCCAGGAUAUGUCAUUUUUUAACUUGAUGGGUCAUCUUACUGCUUCAGCUUUGCAAAUUGUCAGUUUUCAAUGGGGAGCAGACGUGCUGCCUGUUCAAAUAAUGUGGGAGUCUGAAUAUGUAAUUCCAACGUCAAUAUAUUGUUUUUCCUUAAUCUGAACUCAUUCCACCCCCUCUUUUUUGGGGUGCUGAGGUGAAGCUGUUAUACUGUUAAGGUGGUUUUACAUCUGCCAGUUUAGUGUGUGUUUUUAAUGCUUAAAUGUUUUUGUAAGCUUAACAUGGGAAGAAAAAUGUAACCCAGGUUUUUGGAGGAACAUUGAAAGGAAAAGGUGGUUAUUGAAAUGCCCCAGUGGAACUACUUUCUGUAUUUGCUUUUCGUUUUGAUUUUUUUUGUUCCCUGUCCAGCUCGCUUUAAAAUUGUAGGGUCAAGAUGAGAUGAUUUUGCAGAAUGGGGCUGAAAUGGGACUUAUUUUGAAGCUUUGAAUUAAGUUUGUGGUGUGGAUUUUCAUUCAUAAUUUCUUAAUGAUUUUAGGUGGAGUUUGUACAUGGGGAUAUUUAAAAACUACACAUGGGCGUUUCAAUUCAAAUGAAGGAUAGUCCCAUGGCUUAGUCGGUUUAAAUAAACUAAUUGAUAUGUUUUUUUUUUUUAGUAGAUUCAAACAUUUUCAAGAUUAAACAGCAUCUCUUGGGAAGUCUGUAUAAACUUGAGCCAGAAACUAAUUUGGCUGCAAGGUUCAGCUUUUUACAUUAGUGCAAAAACAUUGUGCAGGCCCGCAAAUUCAUUUUUGCUUAUUAUAUAAUAAGCAGUUCAUUAUUCAGACAGCGAGGCGUUUCAACCCUAAAGUAACGAGCAGACUUUCCCUCCUGCUGUUCAGAAACAGAUUUGGCUUCUGGCCUGGGGUUCUAAGAUGUGAAAAGGGGCCAUUUUUCCAUAAUCAUCUACUUAUUUUUUUUUUAUUAUUAUUUUUUUUUUUAGCUUUUCACCCCUUUGGAAAUUUCGGUAAGUAGAUGAUGACAGGCUGCAUUUGACCCGGGUUAACCUCCCACAUGAUUGUAUGUCGUGAAGCCUCCCUAAGCUCUUCUCUCAGGGUCGGAGCCUGUGGAGUACAGAGGCCUCUGUUUCAGACUGUUGUUCUGACUACUGCCUGCAGCUGCUGCUGAGAACUAACACCAUUCCAUUGUCCAGGGACGUCAGUGCUAUUUGCACCACUGCGUCCCUUUUAUGAGUUGUACAAAAAAAAUGUUCCCCUUUAUCAUUUAUUUUUGGUCUAUCAGUUAAUGAUUACAAUAAAAAACUAAAUUAAA